CUCAAAUCAGCUCUCUUUGAGAUCUUUCUCUCUGUUUUCUUGUUUUUUCUCUCUAAAUUUUUGCAGAACAAUCAAAUUAACACAAUGGUUUCUCCACCGGACACAAGCAAAACAUCUAGACUUGAACGCUACCACAGCUACAUAAGGAGAAUGAACAGUACAAAGCUUUUAGCAGCCUCUUCAAAGCUCCUCUUCCGGACCACUCUCUUAGUAGCUCUGGUCUUAAUCUUCUUCUUCACCCUAAACUACCACCCACAUCCAGACAACCCCCACCACCACCUGCACACCAGCCACAACCUCCUCUCCUCAGCCUUCUACGGCAGCGGAGCCGCCUGGGAGAAACAAGUCCGCCGCUCCGCCACCCCUCACCGCCCCCACGGAUUCUCUGUCCUAGUAACAGGAGCCGCCGGUUUCGUCGGGACCCAUUGCUCCUUAGCUUUAAAAAAACGCGGCGACGGCGUUCUUGGGCUCGACAACUUCAACUCCUACUACGACCCUUCUCUCAAACGCGCCCGCCAAAACGUUUUGCAAAAACAUGAGAUUUUCGUUGUCGAUGGUGAUAUAAACGACGCCGAAUUGCUCACAAAACUGUUUGAUAUUGUCCCCUUCAGCCAUGUUCUACACAUGGCGGCGCAAGCUGGUGUUCGUUACGCUAUGGAGAAUCCUCAGUCUUACGUUAGUUCCAACAUUGCCGGGUUCGUCAAUCUCCUCGAAGUUUCGAAAAAUGCUGACCCACAACCGGCCAUUGUCUGGGCUUCUUCAAGCUCUGUCUAUGGCUUGAACACAAAGGUACCAUUCUCUGAGUCUCACAGAACUGAUCAACCUGCGAGUCUCUACGCUGCAACCAAGAAAGCUGGUGAAGAAAUAGCUCACACUUAUAAUCACAUCUAUGGACUUUCUCUCACUGGCCUUAGGUUCUUCACUGUUUAUGGACCUUGGGGAAGACCAGACAUGGCGUAUUUCUUCUUCACACGGGACAUACUUCAAGGAAAACCCAUAGAUAUCUACAAGACUCAGGAAGAUAAAGAAGUGGCGCGUGACUUCACGUACAUUGACGAUGUGGUUAAGGGAUGUCUCGGAGCUCUUGACACAGCACAGAAGAGCACAGGGAGUGGUGGCCGGAAAAGAGCUCCGGCGCAGCUGAGAGUGUAUAAUUUGGGUAACACAUCGCCGGUGUCGGUGGGGAAUCUGGUGGGGAUAUUGGAGAGCUUAUUGAAUGUGAAGGCGCAGAAGCAUGUGGUGAGAAUGCCACGAAACGGCGACGUUCCGUUUACUCAUGCUAAUGUUAACCUGGCUUUCAAGGACUUUGGGUACAAGCCCACUACCGACUUAGCCACUGGUUUGAGAAAGUUUGUCAAAUGGUAUGUUCGUUAUUAUGGUAUACAAUCAGGGGUAAACAAGGAAAUUGGCAACAGCACUCAGCAUCUUGGUGCUUCAGCAUAAAAAAUAAAAUCAUCCUCACAUCACAUGGGUAUUUUUAUUUUAUUUUUUUUAAAAAAAUGCUCACUUUAAUUAUGUUUUUUGUUUUUAAAAUUUUAUUAUUUUUGAUGUAUUGGACCAGUUGAAAUUACUGUUAUGGUCAUAUAGAAAUAGAACUUCAUAAAAAAGAAAUCAUAAAAAUAGAAAGGAAAAGGUGGGAGAAAAUGUAAAUCUGUGAAAUGGGUUGUAAUAAUGUGUUGUUUCUGUAAGGUAAAGGAUUGGAUUCUGUACAAAAAAGGGAACCGUUGGAUAUGAAAUCAAGAUUUCUUUUUUGU